UUGUCCACUCCCUUCAUAUAAAACCCCCUUAACUCCCACCUUUCUUUCCUCAGCUUGUCGUUCCCUUCUAUAGAGAACACCAAGCUGAAAUCCAUCUCUUUCUUUCCCUUCAACAUAUUUCCUUUUUUUUUCUUCUUUCUUUUAAUAGAUUAAAUCAGAAAAAGAAAAAAAAAAUUAAGGAUGCAGGCGAUUUCACCUCCCUCCCCUCUCAAGUCAUUAAUACCGACUCGCCGCCGACUCGCCCAAGUUAAUCCCAACAAACUCGUCGUCCAUUCCAUCUAUAGGCCGGACUCGGUUAACUUCCCCAACGGCGUCGGUGCAAGCCGAUCUGACUGGCAGAGUUCUUGCGCUAUUUUAGCCAGUAAAGUCGUUGCUCAAGAGCAACCAACUGAUAAAUCCGGAGGAGAUAACGCCGGUGGAGCAGACCAUGUCGCUGCCGUCAACGGCCAUAAGACUUCUAUCGACUUAAAUCUAGUCCCUCUCAACAAAGGAAAAGCUGAUGGCGAUUCAAAUAAUAAGCCGAUGAAGCCUUUAACGAUUACUGAUCUCUCACCGGCUCCUAUGCAUGGUUCUCAGCUCCGCGUGGCUUAUCAGGGAGUUCCUGGCGCGUACUCAGAAGCUGCUGCUGGCAAAGCUUAUCCUAACUGUGAAGCCAUCCCUUGCGACCAAUUCGAGGUGGCUUUUCAGGCGGUGGAGUUAUGGAUUGCAGAUCGAGCAGUUUUACCAGUUGAGAAUUCUCUAGGCGGAUCUAUUCAUAGAAACUACGAUUUGCUUCUUCGUCACCGCCUCCACAUCGUCGGUGAAGUUCAAUUACCAGUCCACCACUGUCUUCUUGCCCUUCCCGGCGUUCGAAAGGAGUACAUUACUCGAGUAAUCUCUCAUCCUCAAGCACUCGCACAAUGCGAGCACACGCUCACCAAACUCGGACUCCACGCGGCGCGAGAGGCAGUAGACGACACAGCUGGCGCAGCUGAGUAUAUAGCCGCUAACAACCUCCGUGACACAGCGGCCAUAGCUAGCGCACGCGCGGCGGAACUGUAUGGACUACAGAUACUGGCAGACGGAAUCCAGGACGACUCAAGCAACGUUACACGGUUUGUUAUGUUGGCGCGUGAGCCAAUAAUCCCGCGCACGGAUCGGCCAUUCAAGACGAGUAUCGUGUUUGCACACGAUAAGGGAACAAGCGUGCUUUUCAAGGUGCUAUCGGCGUUUGCUUUCCGUAACAUUAGCUUAACGAAGAUCGAGUCACGGCCGCACCGGAACCGCCCGAUUAGGUUGGUGGAUGACGCAAAUGUGGGAACGGCGAAGCAUUUCGAGUACAUGUUUUACGUUGAUUUCGAGGCGUCCAUGGCGGAAGUUAGGGCGCAGAACGCUUUAGCGGAGGUGCAGGAGUUCACAUCUUUCUUGAGGGUGUUGGGUAGCUAUCCAAUGGACAUGACCCCAUGGUGUCCAUCAAGGGGAGAUUAGCAAACCCACCAAUAAAAAACAAAAUUCCAAAAAGAAAACAAAACCCCCGGAAGUGUUGUUAUUUGCACAAAGAAAGGGCAAUUUAUUUUAAUUUUUAAUCUCUUUUAUUUUUGGAAUUUUUUUUUUAAAUUUUUAGUGGGAAUUUUGAAUUCAACAAUGAAUGAAUAUGUUGGGGUAAAUAUUUUAAUUAAAAAUGGUUCUGGGUGUUACGUGUAAACAUGUGAAUACCUUUGGGCAAUCAAUUCCUUGUAUGUUGUUAUUAUUAAUUAUUAUAGAAUUUGGGGGACCCUUGAAAGGAAA